UCGAACAUCGCUCUUUUGGGUACAGUAGCAGCAUAUACAUAUAUAUAUAAAACCCUUGCGGAUCGGAGAGUAGAAACUCGAAGUCGAGAGUGGAGAUCGCGAAUAAGACAAAGAAAGAAGGAUGAAGAUUUUUGUUAAGACCCUGAAAGGCAGUACUUUUGACAUCGAAGUUAAACCUGAAGACACGGUUGCUGAUGUCAAAAAGAAAAUAGAAACAGCUCAAGGGGUAGCCGUUUAUCCUGCUGAGCAGCAAAUGCUUAUUCACCAGGCGAAAGUUCUUAAAGAUAACACCACUUUGGAUGAAAAUAAAAUUGUUGAAAAUAGUUUUGUUGUUAUCAUGUUAUCGAAGACUAAGAGCUCAUCCGGUGAUGGUUCAACUGCACCAACUGCCCCUACCACUAAGGCACCUACAACAAGUACCCCGGCAUCAACAACAGCACCUCAAGCUCCCACAUUGACCUCUGCACCGCCAGCAUCUGCUCCUGCUCCUGCUCUGGUUUCUUCAGUUGCUGCUGCGUCAGACUAUGUUUAUGGCCAAGCGGCAUCUAGUCUGGUUGCUGGAAGUAACUUGGAGGUAGCAGUCCAGCAAAUUCUUGACAUGGGUGGAGGGACUUGGGAUAGAGAUACUGUUGUUCGUGCUCUUCGGGCUGCUUACAAUAAUCCAGAGAGAGCCAUUGAAUAUUUAUAUUCUGGUAUCCCAGAACAAGCAGAAGCUCCACCAGUGGCUCACAUGCCUUUAGGUGGGCAAGCUCCUGCAGCCCAGCCCCAGCAGCAUCCAACACAAACUGCUGCAGUUCCUUCUGGUGGACCAAAUGCGAAUCCUUUAGAUCUUUUCCCACAGGGCCUUCCCAACGUGGGUUCAGGUGCUGGUGGAGCAGGAACUCUUGAUUUUUUGCGGAACAGUCAACAGUUCCAAGCCUUGCGAGCUAUGGUGCAGGCUAACCCGCAGAUACUGCAGCCUAUGCUUCAAGAGCUGGGAAAACAAAAUCCUCACUUAAUGAGGCUUAUUCAAGAGCACCAAGAUGAUUUUCUCCGCUUGAUCAAUGAACCUGUUGAAAGUGGAGAGGGGAAUGUGUUGGGGCAGCUUGCUGCAGCAAUGCCACAAGCUGUAACAGUCACUCCUGAGGAGCGCGAGGCAAUAGAACGUCUUGAAGCUAUGGGUUUUGAUCGUGCACUUGUAUUGGAGGUAUUCUUUGCCUGCAACAAGAACGAGGAGCUGGCUGCCAACUACCUCUUAGAUCACAUGCAUGAGUUUUGAGGAUUGAUUUGGUGGAAGUGGAGUCAAUCCUUAUGUCCUCUGGAAAAAUGUUUCUUUUUAUUUACUAUUUUAACCCUUUUUAUAUUCCCCCAACUUUAUUUUAAUAUCAAGUUUGGAGCUCUAUGAUGUGAAGUGUCUGGACAGGAACAAGAUGUAACGUUCCUACCCCGCUCUCUCCUUGGUUAGGUUCUUACAUCUAUAUUGAUGGUUGUCUUGGUAAAUUUGAUUUUUCCAUGUAAAUUUCGGUUCUGUCUGGACUCUGAUGCCAUCUAACAAAUUCACCGAGAAUUCUCCGAA